AUGCUGUCUAUAUUUGCUGACGAGCAAUUCAAGGGCUCAGCUUUGGUCGACCUAGCUCAGAGCAAGGGGGUCAGGCAGCCUACGAGCAAGGAGAUCAGCAUCAACUAUGUCUGGUUGUUGCCUUGCGUAAACUACAGCCCAGCUAAGGUUCCUUCCGCCUACUUCCUCACGGAUGUCUUUGUGGAGCUUGACAAGCGACUUGACAAGAAGCUGUUUCGCCCUGCAAAGGGAGAGUGUCGAGUUCAGCUGGCUGGCCUAGAGGGUUGCAAACUGAAGAGAUGUCUCGGUGCCUUGAGAGCUUUGUGGCGGAGUUCACGGACUGGUGGCAGCGAGAAAAUGCGUCACUUGAAGUCUUUUCUUCGCGACAGCCCUGCUCACCAUGGACGAAAGCGCCGACCUUCUUUGUCUUCUGGCGACGAGGCAGCAGAUGAAGCUGCAGAUGACCCAGUUUCUGAUGAAGCUGCAGAUGAGCCAGUUUCUGAUGAAGCUGACCCAGCACCUCACCCAGCUUCUGAUGAAGCUGCAGAUGACCCAGUUUCUGAUGAAGCUGCACGGGACUCGGCUUCUGAAGAUUCAGAGGGCCCAGCUUCGGAAGAGCCUUCUUCUGAGAGUGACGAUGAAGAGAAGAGCGCUGCAAAGGGAACAUCGGAACCUUGCGAAGAUGCCGCAAGAUUGGAAAAGGCCUCGUCUGAUGACAGCCUCACAGCGCCCACGCUGGUUCUGGGGCAAAGCAAUGACUCUGAGGAAAGCAAUGAUGAGAGCAGCUCGGAGCACAGAGACUCUCAAGUGUCGUCGGGCUGGAUGGGAAAGGCAAUCAACUAUUACGGCCGGCAAGAGAGAGAAGCCAUGGAUUGGGAGACUAAGACCCAUCAAAAGCUUCUGGCGGACAUCAAGUCUGAUUUGGAAGAGGCCAUGGGCGGUGUGCUUCUACAAGGGGAGCAAUGGAUCCGAUAUGAAGAGUGGUGUUCCAAAGCGCUGCGCACUUAUGGUGAUUCUGCCUAUGCCAAGCUGUCCGGCCUGGAUUACUUCAAAGAGUGGAUUCUGAAGAGCAAGGAGACUGCGCAGAAGCGCCCCUUCAACAAGGCCUUGGGCCUUAUGGGGAUGGGCGAAGCGCUGGACGAUACGGACUCCAAUGCCAAGACCCCGGCGGCCAAGCGGCCAAAGCAAGGCGACGAAGUUGCGCGGGCUCUGUUUCAAACUCCUCCUCCCAUAGUCGGCCCUCAGACCGCGCCCAAGUUUGACAGAAAGGCCAAGCACAUGUCUGAGCGCAAGGGCCAAGACACGCUGGAUGCGUUGGGCGGGGGGCAAUUUGGGGACAUCAUGACCAAGUUCCAUGAGCAUGACCUGGAUGCACUUGGCGUUCCAGAAGAGGCCAGGCCCCGUGUUGGACAGCUACACCAUGGUCGUCAUGGGUACACCGCUCGUUCCAAGUCAGGAGCUGCCUCUUGUCCUGAUAUAUGA